AAAUAAUAUCACUUUGUAGAAUUUUACCGCUUUUAUCGGAUAGCGGGGUUAGGGUCAAAACUAUUAUGUUUUGCGCAAUUGAUAAAUAUAACGUAAUCGCUUUUAAUAUUAUGAAUGCACUGUGUUAUUAUCGUGCUGACGAAGUGGAAAUUUUAGGAUAGAUAAUAAUUAAAAAAAAUAAAUGCAUAUAAAUAUAUCGAACUCUACGACAAGGAAUCAUUGUACACAACGACUAUGGACACUCCGUCAACAUUAAUUUUUGAGUCAACGGAUCCCGCCAGACUUUCCAACAAGAUGCUGGCGGUAUUUUUAAAAAAUUUAUUCAGGUAUGGGAGGAAAGAAGUGAAGAUUGUGAACAAGAGAGUUCACUUGUAUUUGAAAUAUUCACCGAAGAAUGAAACGGUUCAGGGAAAAUUAAAAAAUCUUCCCGUCCGAUACCUGAGAGUGGCGGCCGAUGACGAGGAAGAAUUACAAUUGUUAUUGAAGGGGAUGCGUGAAUUCUCGGACGUCAAUUUUUAUGCGGCUGCCAUAGAGGAGGACGAACCGGUACCGGCUAAAAAAUUCAAGCCGGCUUCGGAAGAAGAGAAAAUAAAAAUUCUGGAAAACAGAAUUUUAAAAUCAGCCACCACUACGACGAUGACGACGACUACCACCACUCCCAGUACCAGCAAAGUUGAAGAUUUUUGCUUCGUUUUAGACGACGACGCGGAAGAGUUUGAAAGUCAAAAAUUUAGUGUAGUUAGUAAAUAAAAAUAUUAAAAAAUAUUCGAGUUAUAACUUGUUUAAUUUUUUCCA